UCUUUGCGACCCCCAUCUCUUUCGUGCUCCUACCCCUCCCUGUUCCGCCUGAAGCUUCCCUUCGUUCUCAUCUUCUCCGGGUGGGGGGCAACGGGUGGUGCGAUCUUGUUUGGGUUCACGCGGGGGAGAAGGGCACCGCAGAGGCAGAGCUGCUCCGCCAUGGCAUUGCCCGUCCCCUUCGUCCGCCUGUCCCUGCUUCUGCUCGUCGCGCUGCCAUUCUGCGCGGCGCAUCCCGCCCCGGGCUUCCAUGCUCCUCGCGAGUUCCAGACGCCCGCGCUCGACUCAGCAGAUGGAUUUGGCUUGGUGGCCAGGAGGUCAAUUGCUGAAGCUCCUGCUGACAUAAACAUCACUACGAAUAGCUCCUUUGUCUUGGCGGCAGAUAGGACAUACCGAAAGGACCCCUUGAAUGGUUUCAGGAAAUAUCCAGGUGGCUGGAAUAUCAGCGAAAUACAUUAUUUUGCUUCCGUCGGAUAUACAGCCAUUCCCCUGUUCGCCAUUGCCCUGGUGUGGUUUGUGGUGUUUUUUCUGGUUAUGCUUGGGAUUUGCUGCCACCAUUGCUGUUGUCCGCAUCGCAGUUACAAGUAUUCCCGAGCAGCAUAUGCUUUGUCAUUGAUACUUCUAAUAUUGUUCACUUGUGCUGCAAUUACUGGAUGUAUUAUGUUAUAUGAUGGCCAGGGAAAAUUCCACAAAAGCACAACGCAUACUCUGAAAUUUGUUGUUAGCCAGGCAAAUUAUACUGUUGACAACCUUAGGAACCUGUCUGAUAGUUUAUCUGCUGCAAAGAAGGUUGACAUUGGGCGAUUCUUACUGCCUUCCGAUAUGCAAAGUCAGAUUGAUGAAAUUCAAGCAAAGUUGAACUCAUCAGCCACUGAUCUUGCUAUUAAAACAACAGAUAAUGCUGCAAAGAUUAAAAAAUUGCUAAACCAAGUGCGGCUUGCUUUAAUUAUCAUUGCGGCUGUAAUGCUUCUUCUGGCAUUUAUUGGCUUCGUGUUAUCCAUCUUUGGGCUUGAAUUCCUCGUCUCCGUCUUGGUUGUUAUUGGAUGGAUACUGGUUACUGGAACGUUUAUCCUGUGCGGUGUCUUCCUUCUUCUGCACAAUGUCACGUCAGAUACUUGUGUUGCAAUGGAGGAGUGGGUUGCUCAUCCUAUAGAACACACUGCCCUGGAUGAGAUUAUCCCCUGUGUUGAACCUGCCACAGCAAAUGAGUCCCUGUAUAGAAGCAGGCAAGUCACAUUCCAGUUGGUGAAUCUGGUGAACCAGGUGAUCACCAACGUGUCGAAUCAGAACUUUCCUUCUCCUCCUCCGGUAGCAACGCCUUUCUACUACAAUCAGUCAGGGCCGUUGAUGCCGCUGCUCUGCAACCCAUUCACACCUGAUCUGAGCAACCGCACCUGCACCAGAGGAGAGGUUACCUUGGACAAUGCAACUCAGGUUUACAAGAGCUUUGAAUGCCAGACCACCACGGUCUCAGGAGCCGAGAUCUGCACCACGGUGGGGCGCGUCACCCCCAGGAUCUAUGGUCAGAUGGCCGCGGGUGUGACGGUGAGCCAGGGGUUGUACCAGUACGGCCCUUUCCUGAUUCAGCUGGAGGACUGCACCUUCGUCCGCGACACGUUCACGACCAUCAACCAGGACUACUGCCCCGGCCUGCAGCGGUACAGCAAGUGGGUGUACAUCGGCCUGGUGAUGGUCUCCGCGGCAGUGAUGCUGUCCCUGAUCUUCUGGGUGAUCUACGCGAGGGAGCGGCGCCACCGCGUGUACAACAAGCAGUUCAUCGCCCAGCACCAGCAGUACCCGGUGGAAGACAAGCCGGCCCCAACGGCCCCACACGCUUGAUGACAGUUCCCAUCCAUGCCUGUGCAUACUCCAUGGUCCAUGGUAGUGGUUUUUGUAAUGUAGAUCGCGGUACCCUUGAUUGUUGGACUGUUGGUUGCUUGCUGAUUUUCGUAGCCGAGGUUUAUGCGCAUUUUCGUACUGACGGUAGCUGGAUUUGUGUUGAGAUUGGCCAUUGGUGGUGUACAUACAGUUAUGAUCUGGAAGGAUUGCAUGGUCAUCAGUUUGCUUCUCUUU